AUGGCACACAGCUUGAAGUCUCUGUCUCACCAUUCGGAUGUGUCAAGAAAGAGAGAUCAAAUUUUAGCUCAAUGUUGCGACUUGGUCCAAAGCUGGGAGGUGGAUGCGCCUGCGCCAUUCAAUCUGAGAAUUGGAUUUCUCCACCGAACAGUGGUAGAAUUUCUUCAGCGUUCCAAAAGUCACGAGUGGCUGGUUCCACUAAAACACCAACGUUAUUGGCUUGCAAAGUCAUUCGAGCAAUCCGGUUCGCAAUUGCGAGGACCAGUAGAUGGAAGCAGUUUUGACAUUGGCACGGACUUUCUGAUUAGGUCUUUACACACGAUUGAGCAAGCGGAGAUGCAGGACGUAUUGACCUCCGGCCCGGGGCUUCUCAGUCUUUGUGGGAGAAUGAUGAAUACAUUGGACCUCAGCCGUGACACUCCAGUUGCUAUCGAAACUUUCCGCCUGGCAUCCCAGGUCUGGGCAAAAACAAUUGUUGCGUUACAAGGCACUCUAUCAAUACCUACGCACAUACAGCCGCACGGAUACCAUCUCUCUGAGGCGGUGACAAGCGUCCUGGCAGGAGCAAUGUAUGUGGAGGCCGGUGACCCCCCUGAGAUAAUUCGGACGAAUUUCGUAGAUCUGUCGCUUCUCCGCAACCUUCUUUCUCGCUUCGAGCUUCCCGACGAGCAGCGUGAACUGUUGGUUGUGUUUAAAAUGUUUCUUUAUAGAUUGAAGGAUGAGUCCGAAUCGAGUCGACCGCGUAACGCUUUCGAAGCCUGCAAACUAAUGAUAGAAUGCGGUGCAGUCCUAAGCCGCAGCAAUCUCAAACAUGGAGCGGAGGCUGACAACCAUGUCCGGGUGCCGAAGGCUCGGGAAACAAUUGAAGCUAUCCAAGUUCUUAAAAUCUUUACAGAAAAGGAGGUUUCCGAUUUGAGAGAGGCUUUCCCUCCAGAAGCGACGGGAACGCCCACUGUCCUCGAGGGACAAAGAUGGUGGUUCGUACCUUUCUUCAGAUAA